UGGCAGAAGCAAGAACAAUUGUCGAGAAGGAAAACACGAAUUUAACACUGAGAUACAAACACCGAAAAGAAGAAAGACGGGAAAACUAAACUAUUCUAUAAAUUGCUUACUUUGAAUAAAAUAUUUAGGUGGAAGUUAGGUGUUUAGAAUGAGAGUCUUUAGCAUCACCUUUGUGGUGGCAAUUUGCAUCCAUUGGACUGAUGCAGUACAGCAUGAUAAAAUAAUCACCCAUGGAAACGACCCAAAAGCAGAAAAUUCCUAUGUUGUCAAACUGAAGUCAACGAUUUCGGAUGAACAAGUUCAGCAGCAUAUGUCCCAGACGGCCUCCGUAUUUUCCACUGUGGACGAUGCCACCAGUAUGAACUCCAAGUUGGACCAGGGUAACGACUGUAAUCCUACAAGGGGAAAAUUGACAACGAUUGACACCUAUAGGGUCUAUACUGUAUCUUGUAUGGAUGAUUGGAACAUCGAAUACCUUGCAGAUAACCCAGACAUUGACUAUAUUGAGGAGAAUGCCAUUGCUACUAUUGACAUGAAUACAGGGAUUGCCCCAAAUGCUAAGAUAAACCACCAUUAUGCAGAGGAAAAAGUCUGGAACUCGUAUGUGGUUACACUGUCAAAUGAUGCAGAUGUUAAUGAUGUGAACAGACACAUGAGUAGUACGACGAGUAUGUACAAUUCCAUUAAUGUGGAAACUGCAGGGGACGAGAGGAGCAGUAAUGAUUGCGCUGUCACGGGGAUACGCCGAAGUCAGCUUAUUGAGAUCGGCAGCUUUAGGGCUUACAUAAUUGACUGUGCCCAGGAAGAAGAUUUAAAUAAGUUGGCAAUAGAUGGUGCUGUUGUUAAGAUAGAAGAUAAUCUUGUAGUACACAUAGACCAGUCGUGUGAUGGUGUGUCCGACUGUACAUCCUUUGAACCAAGCUCAUGGGGUAUUGACCGAUUAGAUGAAGCUGAUCGAGUACUAGAUGAUUCAUUUACAUCUCAAGGUUUGGGUACGGGAGUUGAUGCUUACAUCAUUGACACGGGUAUACGUAGCACACACAAUGAGUUUUGUGGAAGGGUAGCAGAUGGUAAAAAUUUUAUUGACACUUCCAAGUCUGCUGAAGAUGAUCAUGGUCAUGGGACCCAUGUAGCUGGUACUGUUGGGGGUAAAAAAGUUGGUGUUGCACGAAACGUGACCCUUAUUGGUGUGAAGGUGUUAUCUGCAAGUGGAUCUGGGUCAACAUCAGGUGUUAUUCAGGGUAUUCAGUGGGCCGUAAAUCAAAUGAAAUCAUCAGGAAAAAAAUCUGUUAUCAACAUGUCUCUAGGAUCUCCUGGUGUCAACCAAGCCAUGAUUGAUGCAGUGAAUGGAGCUUGGGAUGAGGGGAUGGUAGUGGCUGUUGCAGCUGGGAACAGUAAUGCUGAUGCCUGUUUUUACUCUCCUGCAGCUGCAGAUAAAGUUUUGACAGUAGCCUCAUCUACAAAUUCGGAUGCCCGGUCAGGCUUCUCAAACUGGGGUAGAUGUGUUGAUAUAAUAGCACCAGGCUCAAGUAUUGUUAGCAGUGGCACGGCUAAUGAUGCUGAAUACAGAACUUUCUCUGGUACCUCUAUGGCGUCUCCACACGUAGCUGGUGUUGCUGCAGCUUUUAUGAGUGCCGUCUCUGGCCCUGUAACACCUGACCAAGUCAGAACAUAUCUUGAAGAGAAUGCUUGGAAGAACAAGAUUAGCGAUACUAAAGGAUCGCCAAAUCUUUUACUGCGGUCAGUCGAAUGUGAUGAUAUUGUUAUGCCAAAUACAACCACCCCUGCUCCAACAACUACACGUGCUCCAACAACUACACGUGCUCCAGGGGAUGUUGCUUGUCUUGGAGUGGGAGACUGCAUCAGAUACUCCUCUAGAAUGGCAUGGGGCCUCGAUAGAAUUGACCAGGUCGAAGCGACAAGGGACAAUUUCUUUCAAACCAAUGGACUUGGUCAAGGGGUCGAUGCUUAUGUUUUGGACACAGGAAUUCGUUCAACGCAUGAAGAAUUCUGUGGUAGAGUAAUUGAGGGUAAAAACUUCAAUGUACCUGGUGGGUCUACAGAUGAUGGUAAUGGUCAUGGAACUCACUGUGCUGGAACAAUUGGGGGAAAAUAUGUUGGAGUUGCACGUGAUGUCAAUCUCGUUCCAGUUAAAGUGCUUAGUGACGGUGGAAGUGGCUACUAUUCCGAUGUCAUCGAUGGCAUUGCUUGGUCUGCUGAACGUAACAACCAGCUUGGAAGGAAAGGUGUAAUUAAUCUAUCUCUCGGAGGUCCAAAAUACCAAGCCGUAGAUGAUGCUGUAAAUGCUGCAGUUGCUGACGGAAUGGUUGUUGUGGUUGCAGCUGGCAAUUCAGAUCAAGAUGCUUGUUCAUAUUCUCCUGCAAGUGCUCCAUCGGCAAUUACCGUUGGGGCAACUGAUAGCUCUGACAAACGGUCUUACUUCUCAAACUAUGGGAAUUGUGUUGACAUCUUUGCUCCUGGAAGUGGCGUGAAUAGUUCAACAGUAGCUUCAGAUAUCUCAUAUUCCGUAUAUUCAGGUACCUCCAUGGCUGCCCCUCAUGUUGCUGGUGUUGCUGCUGCAUACAUGAGUACUGUGCAAGGAUCAGUCACACCACUGGAAGUUGAAAAUUGGCUAAAGGACAGUGCACUAAAUGGAGUUAUCACUGAUGUUGGUUCUGGAUCCCCAAAUGUCUUUCUACAGUCACCAAGAUGUGGAAAUGAGCCUACAACCGCUGAACCACCCACCCCUGAACCACCAACUGCUGAACCACCCACCCCUGAACCAACAACUGCUGAACCACCCACCCCUGAACCAACAACUGCUGAACCACCCACCCCUGAACCAACAACUGCUGAACCACCCACCCCUGAACCAACAACCACUGAACCACCCACCCCUGAACCAACAAACGCUGAACCUACGACACCCACCCCACAACCAAAUGAAGUCUUCGUGUGUGAUUUUGAGAAAGGUCGUUGUGGUAUGAAACAAUCCAGAGAGGAUGACCACAACUGGUUUUACAGAAGCGCAAAGAAGGCCAAUAAGAACCGACCCCCAACCUAUGAUCACACACAUGGCAAAAGUGGCCGCUACAUUAGUGCUGUCAGCACAGGAAGGCGCGUUCGAAGACGUGGUAUUACAGAAAUUGCCACACCAACUCUCUCUAGCUGUGCUGAUAUGUGUCUGAAAUUCUGGUACCAUCACAAUGGUAACAAAGCUGGCAGGAUUGCGGUUGAGAUGCGUGAUGAAGAAAGCAACGUAGAACUUAUUGCAUUAGAGAAUGAUCCACUGGAUGAAUGGAGAUUAGAAGCUAUUCCUAUUUUCCCAACUGGAGAUUUUAAAAUCAAUUUUGUUGGUACCGUGAAUAGAAAAAGAAGGCGGUCCAUGGCAAUCGAUGAUAUCACAAUUACGGCUAAUGACCCAGAAUGUUACCCGUACUAUGAGGAUCAUGAUAACUCUGAUGAUCAUGAUGAAUAUGAUGAUGAACCGUACACUGCAGACGACUUUGAACCCGAAAUUGACAUUUAAAAAUCCUAUGAAAUUGGUGUAAAGGAAGACAAUAUCGGAGAUAUGGAGCUGAACUGUUUUUCAAACAUAGUCCAAAUCUGAAACAUGGAAAAGCAAUUAAAACACUUGAUAUAAUUAUAAUGGGUGCUUACGUUAUAACAUAUCACAUGUUGAAUAACUUAGUGGAUGAUUUGACUGUCAUAUGUCAUGAAUGUAGUCUGAAGUUUUCCAUAUAUAACCAGGCAGUACUUUUUGUGAAAUUAAUCAUUAUUUUAGUUGAAACUGGUCAGUAGAUAGUUUUAACUAUCACUUUUGGAUGUUUUAGUGGUCUUUUAGAUGUUUUAUCACUGUUAGGCAAUUUCACAUUGCUAGACCUUACAAGGUCCAUAUUUAAAAAAAUGUUUGCUUCAUUUGUGUAUACUGACUGGAAUGAGAAAAUAUAGCAUCCUCCAAAUGCCAGACUCUGAGGAAGAUGCAUGGAACAGAGAGGAUAAUCUCUUGAGCUCUGCGUUUGGGGGAUUAGUACGAACGGCUGUAUGGUUGAGCGUGUGUGUGUGUAUUUUGAAAACCCAGGUAAUGUUAGGGAACUGUUGUGUUGUAAUAAUAUGUCAUAUUUUUUUAAUUCAUAUUUUAAACUAGAGAUGAUGUUGUAAAUAUUUUUUAAAGAAUUAAAUUUAUAUUUAAUAUAUUCUUUUCUCAAAGUUGAAUAAAAAAAGUCAACAAAUAUGUACAUCAACUUAUGUUCCAAUAGACCGUGAAACAAGUUUCCCCAUCCUCGCAUAUACGUACAGGUAUGU